UCUUCCAUUAUGGCACAUUACAAGAAGUUGUAUAUAGUUCCCUGUGCUAUACAGUAGGUCCUUGUUGUUUAUCUAUUUUAUAUACAGUAAUAUAAAUACAGUACCUUUGAGAUCAAGCAGGUAAUCCUAACAUACAAAAGGAUGUAGUAAGACCAUCCCUGCAGUCAGACUUUCACUAGGUUUUGCCUCGUAACAAACAAUUCCAAGAAUUCAACAUGGCAACAAGGGUUUUUUUCCUCACCCGUGUUACAAGUCAGCUUUGGCUCAGCUGUAGCUUAGCUCCAAGUGUCUCCCUCCUCCCACCAUCCAAGGAAGAAACAGCCCUAUCUAGCCUCACCCAAGAUCAGUGGCAGAAUCGAGCCAUUCUCACACCUUUGUCCAGGUGAGGCUUGAGUUACUGCGGCUCACACUUCAUUGGCUGAAGCAGUCACAUGACCACAUCUGACACAAAAGGGUGGAAACAUACUCCCCGGCAGGGACAAGCCCAGGGAAGGAUUCUUUUGGAGGGAUCCAGCAGAGAAGGGGCAGCUAGCAAGUGGAAGCAACAGCCAACCACAACAACCACAAAUGACCACGGCUCUACCAACAGGGCUCCAAGUUCAUAUCUUCAAAACAUUAGGAAAGAGGACACUAGGCUGUGAACUGGCCCGACUUGACUGGUGCUUCCCGUCAGAGCCUCUCAUUUCUCACGGGGAAGAAUAUCCCAAUCCACAGCCUCCCAGAAGCUGCCCCUCCUUCUAGCCAUCCUCAGCCCUCAGUGGCCUGAGACAUAACAUGGGUUUGCAGACGGAAAGAGUGACUUCUCCAGCAGAUAAAACCAAAGGGCCACCCUUCGGAAUCCACUGAGAGUCAGCCUUGGCCACCUUGUUCUCCUCCAGUGAACAUGGCUGCUUCAGAGGCCGCCUGGACAAAGCCGUCAUGUCCUCAGCUGACACUGAUGGAGUCAAGAAGUGGAUUAAGAACAGGGAACACAGCCGUUGAAGCGAAUCCGAGACUGCUAUGAAGAGCGAGGUGGAGGAUGGCGCAAGGCCAAAGCCAAAGGCCCCGGUGCAUGUGCGUGUAGCCCCAGUCACAGGAUCCAAAGGAAGGAGAGCUAAGCCUCACUGAGUUUAUUUUCCAUCAUUUUUCAACCUUUUGAGUUCAGUCAACCCCAAAUAUGUUCUUGUCAAGCACUUUUUUCUACUUAAUGUUUAAACCCAUGUACCCUUCAAGCGAAAUGUCAUCCAGGUACUUUGGAUUUGCAGCAAAGAGCGAGAUCAUCAGAAAAACCUGUUUUGUCAGAAGUGUUUGACAUCCAAGAAAGCUUUUCAAGCGACUUUUCUUAUGAACAGGAGGCUGUUUGGCCAGAGCUUUAAAGUCAGAGUCCCUCGCGUUCUAAUUUUAGUCUGGAAGCCCAGAGUUGUGGUUGGAUUUGGGUUUCGUUCGUCCAAGCCUCACUGCUCCAUUUGAAGGCAGUAGCAGAGUCCCAGGGUAGCCAGGCGGGUGAAGGGGAGCGAGGACGGCCCACUUGCCUUGAAGAAGACGCCACCUGACCUGCUGAGUGAGUAACCAGGUGGUCCCAGGAGUCCGACAAUGGAAGCCAUAAAUGUUGGCAUGUCCAGUCCUCCCCUGGUGAAGCCCACGAUGGGAGCUGGCCUCAAGACCAGCAGACCCCGAGUCAUGUCCAAGAGUGGACACAGCAACGUGCGAAUUGACAAAGUGGAUGGCAUAUACUUGCUCUACCUCCAAGACCUGUGGACCACUGUCAUUGACAUGAAGUGGAGAUACAAGCUCACCCUGUUUGCUGCCACGUUCGUGAUGACCUGGUUCCUUUUUGGAGUGAUCUACUAUGCCAUCGCCUUCAUUCAUGGGGACCUAGAGCCCAGUGGGCACUCUUCAAACCACACCCCCUGCAUCAUGAAAGUGGACUCCCUCACGGGGGCGUUCCUCUUUUCCCUGGAAUCCCAGACGACCAUCGGCUACGGCGUCCGCUCCAUCACAGAGGAAUGCCCUCACGCCAUCUUCCUGCUGGUGGCUCAGCUGGUCAUCACGACCUUGAUUGAGAUCUUCAUCACGGGAACCUUCCUGGCCAAAAUCGCGAGACCCAAGAAGCGGGCGGAGACCAUCAAGUUCAGCCACUGUGCUGUCAUCACCAAGCACAAUGGGAAGCUGUGCUUGGUGAUCCAGGUGGCCAACAUGAGGAAGAGCCUCCUGAUUCAGUGCCAGCUCUCGGGCAAGCUCCUGCAGACCCACGUCACCAAGGAGGGCGAGCGGAUCCUCCUCAACCAGGCCACUGUCAAAUUCCAUGUGGACUCCUCUUCCGAGAGCCCCUUCCUCAUCUUGCCCAUGACCUUCUACCAUGUGCUGGAUGAGACCAGCCCCCUGAGGGACCUCACCCCCCAGAACCUCAAGGAGAAGGAGUUUGAGCUCGUGGUCCUCCUCAACGCCACCGUGGAGUCCACCAGCGCCGUCUGCCAGAGCCGCACGUCUUACAUCCCGGAGGAGAUCUACUGGGGCUUUGAGUUUGUGCCUGUGGUUUCUCUCUCCAAAAACGGCAAGUACGUGGCUGACUUCAGUCAGUUUGAACAGAUCCGUAAGAGCUCAAAUUGCAUCUCUUACUGUGCAGAUUCUGAGAAGCAGAAACUUGAGGAGAAGUACAGGCAGGAAGAUCAGAGGGAAAGGGAACUAAGGACUCUUUUGCUGCAGCAGAGCAACGUCUGAUGGCAGUGAUGUCCCCUCGGCUUAACUCCGGGCUGCGUCCAUGUCUGGGCUCCCUGCAAAAGCAAAAGUCACCUCAAAAAGGAAAAUGUGUGGACACGCCCUGAAAAACUGUGCAGACGUACAGACCUUUUCCUUCGAUCUGGAGGCAAAACAAGCAUUUCCACGUCUGAGAGGGUUCCUUUCUUUUUAACGCUUUGUCUGAAACCAACUCCCCAAAUUCAAAUUUUCUAAAAUGGGGCUGCCUCCCAAACAACUCAGUGGAAGGCAAUUGCAACAAUGUCCUGCUGGGUGGAUAGAACUUUCUCAAGGCUGAUAUGGAAAGGAAAGGCAUUUCUAUGUAAAGUACAAGGUAUUUAUUCAUUCUAAGUAUCAAAGAUGUUCCAGCCGAGAGGUGCAAUGUGGUUCAGUAUCCACUUAUACCUUUGUUUCAAAACAAACCCUUUUUUUUCAAGCAGCGAAAAUGUGAUUUAUAAUGGAGGCUAUCUGAUAAUACAUACAAAGGGGCAGACGGACUCUGCACCCACAACAUAUAAUAAUUCCAUUUUUACCUUUUUCAGUGACUUUAAUUACACGGAGUGAAAUUGAUUGAAUCAAGAGUUAACAGUUGUGAAAACACGUGCAAGUGGAGCUGAUAUGAUGACUCACACUCAUGCUUUUGUUGGAAUAUACUAGACUCUUCCUUUUCAAACUGUGGUUUGCAGACCAGCAGCAUCAGCACCAUUCAGGAGUUUAUUAGGCACUUAGCCCUACCCGGACUUGGAGAAUCAGGCUCUGCAUCUUAACAAGACCCCCAAGUGAUUCAUGUAAAAAUGGAAGUUUGAAAAGCUCUACUCUGGACAAUGUUUUCAAAGUAACUUUCUGAAGCCAGGGGACUCUGGACGGACCUGUCCUUUCUCCAGUUCGUUAUCAUAGGUCAAUAUUCCUUUCAGCCAUUCAUUCUUUAUCCAUUAGAAUACUUUGUCCACAAAGGAGCUGCCAUAGACAUUCCAAGAGCAAAAUAAUGCUCUUGGGAGUAAUGAUUGUCCCUCUCAUGCUAAGUACAUGUUUGUUGAUUACAGUUAGCAGGAGAGAAAAAUUAAGCUACAUAACAGUCAGAAAUUUGCUCAUAUGUGAAAGCUCGUAUGGUUGGUCAGGGCCAUGAGGAACAAGAGGAGCUGAGGAUAAGGAAUUGAAACGCAGAGGACUCUUUGAAGCAUGAACAAAAUUUGAUAAUCUGAUAUGUAAAAGAUGCCCUCAGUAUUUAAAUAAAUCUCUUACAACUCCGUGUUACAGAGCUAACAUUUUGCCUUUGGUUGAAUUUAGGGGCCAGACACCCAGCAUUUCUUUGGGAAAGAGAAAUGGGAUGAUGGAUUGGCUAAAGGUGCAAAAGAUGAGUUUUCAUUUCAUUCAAACCAGGACAGAUUUGUGUAUUCACUCCAGAAGAACGUGAAGUAAGUGCGUAGGCACCACACAGAGGUACCCGUGAGCCCACAGAUGUGUACCUACAGACCUGCACACAAACCCCCACACAGAGGGAUGCACGCCCUGGCUCUUCAACCUGAAUGAUGGAAACAUCCAUGAAGGCCUUUGUGAUUAACAGAGCGAGUCCUCAACAAGUUUGCUUACUAUAUUUCGUUCUACAAGAACCAGAAUACCGGGACUCAGAGAAGAAGGGGCAAGGAAUCUGGAUUCCGAUUAUCAGUGAAAUGAUGCUCUGCAUUACAGCAAAUCUGGUCACAUCAUGAUGUUAACACAUUUUCAAGUGUCCUUCCACUAACAGAAAAUGUGGCUAAGACCUCUGACCUGGUACUGAACAUUUAAUGCAGGUGUAAGAAUAAUGGGGGUGAAGUUGUAAAGGUUUAAAGAAACAAUCUCAAUGCGCAAGAGGUUGUUAUCUUUAAUUAUUCAGGAAGGUUUUUAUUUUCUAUUGAUGAUUUUAUGGCAGAUUGUUUUAGAUCUUCAUUCUCUUAAAAAAUCAAAUUAGUGUAGUUAGAUAUUAGUUCUUUUAGUUAUUAAACCUUUUUUUUAUUGUGUAAUAUGAUAGGAAAACAAUGCCACAGGCAUGUUUACAGUUUUUCUGUUGCACUAUUAAAUUUUUUUUCACAGUAUUUAGAGGUGUGCUGAUUCGACUGUGAUCAAGAUUAGGAAUCUUGCAUUCUUGUAUAUCGUGCAAUGACGUAGCAUAAGAUGAGAAAUCUUUUUGUG